GUUACCAGCUGACAGAAAAUUUGGUUAAGGUUAUGUUGUAAUUCCAUUUUUUUACGUAAAUAUCAUAUUUAAACGAUUGUUAAAUUACAUAUGCGUUUCCAAAGUUGAUAAAAAUUAAGAAACAAUGUCUGAAUAUACCCAGCCACCCCCACCUGACCCUAGAUUAGUCAGAUUUUAUGAAAAAAAUGAUUAUGAAUCGCUCGCCAAAUACCUGAUUGGUAAUAAUUAUAGAUAUCGCGAAAACAUUCUUUUACCAAGGUUUCUUGGUCCACCGGAGAUUAAAACUAACGAAGAGAAGAUGAUUGAAGCCGCUGUAGAGAGCUGCCCGUUUAAAUCACUUACCAGUUGUGUUGUUGGUUACGGUUUGGGGGCUGCCGUCGGUCUCUUCACCUCAUCACUCAUGCCAAACGUCACAGACACAACCGCACCACAAACGCAGACAGCCAGACAAAUCUUACGAGAAUUCAAAACGGCUAUGCUGAGUAAUGCUAAGACUUUUGCUAUACUUGGAGCGGUGUUCUCCGGAGUCGAGUGCUGUAUAGAGUCAGCGAGAGGGAAGUCGGACUGGAGAAAUGGGACUUACGCUGGUGGUGUCACUGGUGGACUUAUUGGAUUGAGAGGUGGUCUAAGAGCAGGCGUUUUGGGUGCAGCCGGUUUCGCGGCGUUCUCCACAGUUAUCGAUUACUACAUGCACUCUCGAGGAUCCUGAAUUUAAUCAUAAUCACAAAUUAUUGUAGUAAAUGUUAUUUAAUUAGUAGAGUUUAUGCUACAUGAAUUGUUAAGACAGCCCUUUGAAUAAAUGAUUGAAUCCGU